AUGCCUUCCAGAUUAAAUGCGCCGGUCUUAACCGUCGAUGCCAAACUCAUUCAUAAAGUUGACACUAGAAAUGUUGAGAACCUUUACAGCAUGUGGACUGUUUUCUCUAGAUGUGCUGGCUCAUUAGAAGAAGGUCGAAGAUUAGAGAACUUAAGUUGGAGAUUAUGGACACGAGAAACCUUUUGCUGUGAACCAACCUCAGAAGCAAAUGCUACCACACCCGCAAUCUCGAUAUCCUCAAGAAGUUCCGAAGGUCAAUAUUCGAAUGACGUUCCAGAAUUAAGCGGAAGUUUAGAUUCAGUCGUCGAUGAAGAAGCAAUCGAAUUCGAAGAGAGUACCGACGCUUCCCCUCUCGAUAUCUCCCAUCCACAAAUCCACAGACAAGAUUCCUGCAAUAGCAGAAGUCGAGGAAGAGAACGCCACAUUACACCUAAUGACUUAGAGAAGAUGGUUAUCACUAUCAAGGAAAAGAAAGAUUUGGCUCCUCUCACCAUCACCACACCUUACCUUGCGCCACUCGCUGAGAGAAUCCCGCAAUUCACCCAACCACAAUAUGAAUCAUCUGCCACGGUAGCAGAGUCUUCAUCAGCCAAUUCAUCAGCUCAAUCCGCCACCACUCAAUCAUCUAUUGCCAUCUCUGAAAAGGGUGCCACCUCGGUUGUGAAAGGUUUCUCACUUUCACCAGCACAUGUCAGCAGCUCAAUGCGUUCAAUGCCACUCAACACUGCGCCAUCAUCAAUCCCAACUGCCGAUAUCGUCGCAGCAGAUACAUCAAAAGUACUCGCACCAAAGAAGAAGCAGAUGUUCGCUCUUGGUGGAUCUUCAGGUGAAGACUCGCUAAGUGAACAAGCAGUUUCCAUGGACAACAAACCAUUAACCCUUCAAAAGAAGAAGCCAGCUAAAUUCAGCUUCGGUGGAUCAUCAAACGAAGAUGAGAGUUCUUUACCAAACAGAAUGCAACCACGCAGCUCAUUAACUGACAAACUCCAAAAGCCUUUGGCUAAGAAGCAAACUUCAUUCCAAGAAGAAGUUGCCACGAGAACCAUUCAAGAGGAGGUAUUCGAUGAUGAUGUUUUCGAGACUGAUGACGAGGAAGAUGUUGAUGAGAGCGCCAUUGACGAUGAUGAUGAUUCUUCUGAUUGGGAGGAUUCAGUUGAGGAUAGUGGAAACGCAAGCAUCGAUGAUAAGACCUUCUUUCAACGAGUCGACUCGAGACCACAACUUACCUCAAGAAGAUCAUUAAUUACUACAAUGCUCCACCAAAAUGAUCGUGCUCAAGCACUUGCCACCGAGGCUUCUCGAUCAACACCUGCUCUUAGACGUUCCCGAAAUUCUUCACCAAACGGUCCUUCUCUUGCAGCAUCACCAGAAUCCGAUGAAGCUCCUCUCAUGAUGAGAGGACUUAAACCAAUUGCCGAAGUUCCUCGUGGAGCUCAACCAAUCAUCAAAACAACUACGAACACCACCGCACAUCACCAAGCACUCUCACCAAGAACCACAAGACGAAACAUGCUCGCCACCGAAUUGACUGUCAGUCUUCGCCAAAACCUCCUCUGGGAAAGAAGACAAAAGUCAUCGGUCAACGAAGCUGCUGCUGCUCUUAAACGAAGACAUACUGCACACGAUGUUGCAAACCUUAAACAAUACCCUGAGAAAGUUUAUAUGGAUAAGGAUGAUCAAGCUCUUAACUCAAGCUGGAAUCAAUACUUCAGUCAAGGGUUAGGAGAGUAUCAUUCUAAAGGAUGGUAG